AUGAAAGAAAAAGUUGGUAAAUCACAAGGUGCAGAUCUCCCUAUCCAAGAGACGAAUCCAACCAAGAAGCAAAAACUUAGUGAAUCAGAAGUAAUCCCAAAACUUUCUCUAUCAAAGAUUGAUUUGGCAGAAGCGAUGAAGAAGCAAAACGACGUAUCAAUGUUCCUUGCGGGGAAAGUAAUCUCAACCCUAGGCAAAAACUCUAACUUGGUUUUUUCUCCGGCAUCAAUAAACGCCGUGCUCACCAUGGCGGCUAAUAGGCCAGAAGAAGAAACACUAAGAUCUUUCAUCCUCUCCUUUCUUAGCUCUUCCUCAACCGACGAGCUCAACGCUGUGUUCGGUGAGAUCUGUUCUGUGGUUCUUGCAGAUGGCAGUGCGAGCGGUGGCCCUAAAAUCGCAGCAGUUAAUGGAGUUUGGAUCGAUCAAUCACUCUCGGUUGAUUCCUCGUGGAAGGAUCUCUUAGUAAACUUAUUUAAAGCUAAGUUUGAUCAAGUUGACUUUAAUACCAAGGCGGAAUUAGUGUGUACGGAGGUGAAUGCGUGGGCUUCACGUCACACAAACAAUCUCAUCCAAGAUCUACUUCCUCAAAGAUCCGUUACAAGUAAAACCAAAUGGAUCUAUGGAAACGCAUUGUACUUCAAAGGAACUUGGGAAAAUAAGUUUGAUAAGUAUCUGACUAAGCACAAACCAUUUCACCUAGUCAAUGGCGAAUCAGUCUCUGUGCCUUUCAUGAGCAGCCAUAAGAAUCAAUAUGUGAAGGCUUAUGAUGAUUUCAAGGUCCUGAGGCUCCCUUAUCAACAAGGCCGUGAUGAUGCCGACCGCAAAUUCUCAAUGUACUUCUAUCUACCUGACAAAAGAGAUGGAUUGGAUAAUCUUCUGAAGAGAUUAACAUCUACUCAUGGAUUCUUGGACCUUCACAAUCCGAGAUACAAAGAUCGAGUUGGUGAAUUCAGAAUUCCAAAAUUUAAGAUCGAAUUUAGGUUUGAAGCUUCAACGAUUUUUGAUGAUUUUAAGCGUAGUAAUGUGUUAUUGUACCACAAAUCUUUCGUUGAGAUCGAUGAAGUAGGUACUGAAGCUGCUGCUGCUACUGCCAUGAAGAAGUCUACUGGCGCCUGCAGACCAAUUGUGCGGAAGAGGAUAGAUUUCGUGGCAGAUCAUCCAUUUCUUUUCUUGAUUAGAGAAGACGGAACCGGGACUGUUUUAUUUGUUGGUCAAAUCUUCGAUCCUUCCAAAUCUGAUUAGGGUCUUGUAUUAAUUUUCUUUUUUUUUUCCUCAGGUUUGGGGGUUUCAAUUUAUUGAUUACAACCUACUAAGUAUGAUUCUGAAUCAUUCUUCACAUGCAGUUUAGUUGAGGAGUAAUUUUCAAGCAUCC